AUGGUGGCGGGCAAAAAGCCUUACCCUAAGGCUACCCUGAAGAAGAUUGUCAAGGCGCAUUCGGGUAUGAGCAUUAGGAAAAACACCGACAUCACGAUCUAUCUCAAUUACGUUUUGUUUAUGAAUAGAUUAGUCAAGGAGGCCGCCAUUCAUGCAAAGCAGUCGGGAGAACGUGGAUUAACCGCUAGGAGCGUGAGAAAGGCAACUCGAGAUGCUCUGGCCAAAUUCAAAGGCUGA